AGACAUGAACUAAGGCUCUUUUUACUGCGGGGCCGCUUUUUCAGUCUGGAUGCAUAAAGCUCCUUUAAUAAUAACUUUGAUCAGAAUCAGAUAAAUAAAACGAAAGGCGCUGUGGCAUGUUGCGUUGAUCAUUUGACAUGAGAAUGAUAGUAAAAAACGCAGACAGCUACAAAGGGUUUAACAUCAGCGAACACUGAGCCGUGGAGGACGUAUUAAAAUAUAAUAUCAUAGUCAAUAUUACCACAAUGACUACUCACUGUUUAGUUUAGUGUUUAGACGCGGUAAAGUAAGAGUGAAAAUUGUCAACAAGAAAUCAGUGUCUUAUUGAAUUUGUGGAAGAAUAGUCGUCAAACGAGUGUAUGGAUAAUUUAUGAAUUUCAUUAGAAUGAAAAUGGUUUAUUGAAAGAAAUCUGAAUAUACAAAAACUGAUGUGAAAGGAUCGCGUUUAAGGUUCUUAAAGGAAAGCAUGCGUAAAGGAAAACAGACAAUGUGACUAAUAAAACGAAGCCUGGAUCAUUAUUCAAAACGCAGUUGUGAGGAUUACGCAUCAGUGAAUUUUAUCGUUAGUUGUUAAGGAAAAAAUAUUCCGUUAGUCACUUGUUAAGUCUUAUUCACAGAGCGCUGUCAGUUGUCAGGAUUUACAACUGUCAGCGGUUACAUUAUACCAUUUUUGUGUUCGGAUUUUUUUAUCGUUGUUUUUAUUCUACAUAUUCCUCCGUCUUUCAUUAACUCCCUGUAAUGGCAAUGGUAAACCCUGCGGUUUUGAACUUAGCGGCCGCGGCAAAUGCCAAGGACUCGCGUUGGCUCACUCUGGAAGUGUGUCGGGAAUUCCAGAGGAACAAAUGUACGCGAACUGACCAGGAGUGCAAGUUUGCACACCCCCCACCCCAUGUGGAAGUACAAAGUGGCCGCGUUACAGCGUGCUUUGACUCUAUAAAGGGUAAAUGUCAGCGAAAGGAGCCCCCGUGUAAAUAUCUGCACCCUCCACAGCAUCUGAGAGAGCAGCUGCUACAGAAUGGGCGUAACAACCUGAUCUUGAAGAACCUCCAACUUCAAGCUGCCCAACAGGCUGCCCUCAAUCAGGGCCUCAUGUCGGCGGGGCUGAUACCUGUGAACCGCCCGACUGCCGAUCUAUCUUCCCCAGCUCUGCGACAGAAUAACAAUGUUGCGCUAAGUAGCUCGGCCGUGCCUGCUUACCCGAGACAACGUGCAGAGAUGUUUGAGGCUGCUGCAAACAAGAAUACCAUGGCCCUACCACCAGGCCUACUGCAAGCGGGGAAUUACCCCCAAAUGUUGGCCCACCCAUACCUGGGAGGUGCUGCCCCGCCCACCUCUGCUGUUGCCUUCAGUCCGUACAUGAAUGCUGGGGGUAUUCAAACGGUUGCCAUGACGCAAGCACAGACGAAUGGAGAAACCCAGUCUGUCCUUGCCCAACAGCAACCUGGUGUCAUUCCAACUGCCUUUUCCAACAUGGCUGCCACUGGCAAGAUGGGUCGGCCAGAUAGACUAGAGGUAUGUCGAGAGUUUCAAAGAGGUUCAUGCACACGGCAACCGAGUGAAUGCCGGUUCGCCCACCCACCUGACAAUGUCACAGUAGACACUAACGAAAACUGUGUGACUGUCUGUAUGGAUUACAUAAAGGGCAAAUGUACACGGGAUUCGUGUCGCUAUUUUCACCCGCCACCCCACCUGCAGGCACAAAUCAAGGCCUGCCAGCAAAGAGCUAACGCCGCUGCCGCAGCGCAGGCUCAUGCCUUGUCGGAUUAUACAGCACAGAUGCAACAGUUAGAUUACUCCAGACUUCAGAUGCAUUCACAGGUGCCGGGCAUGCAGAUAAAGCGUGUAGCUAUGGCAGACACAAAGGGUCUGCCGAUGUAUCAGCCGAUCUCGAACGUCUCGUACCAGCAGGCGAUUGCUGCGAUGCAGUUACAGCAGCCGCAGUAUAUCCCAGUGUCGUUUGCUGGACACCCUCCCAGUGUGCAAAGAUUUUAAGCUGGGUCUGUGUCAGAGGCCCUCCUGCAAGUAUGUUCACGUUGUAGAAGAUUAUGUAGAAGUAAACGAUGGUCGUGUGAUUGUCUGUAGGGAUGCAGUUCGUGGGAAGUGUUCCCGGCCAACCUGCAAAUAUUACCAUAUUCCAGUACCCCUCCCACCUUCCGAAUAGAGGGGGUGUGCUCCAUUCACCCAAACAAAUUGAAAUAUUUAACCGAUUAUCUAGUUUUCCAUUUGUAACCAAAAUAAUAUCAGAUAUUUUAUCGUUAUAUAGGCACUUUAUUUGCCUGUAACAGACUGUAUUUUAGACGCCAAAGUGAUUUUUUCCAUUACAUUAAAGAAAACGAGAAAUACUUUUUAUACAGUCCAUAAAAAGUGAUUUGAUCCUUUUUCAAUAAGUGAUUGAUUGUUAUAAUUGAGCACUAGUUCUAGUCAGAUACUGUGUUUUUACUUAAAAGUACAUCGGAGAUUUUGUUAUUAAAUGGCACCAGACAAAUAUGACAUUGACUAGUUGGCCGUGGGAGGAGAAUCGUUCUAGAUUGCGGGGAGCGGAGGGAAUUAUUCUGCAAAUUACCAUGGAGACAAAACUUAUGUUUGUGAUAAUGUACAUUACACUGACACAUUUUAUAAAUGCUCUGCGGUUAAACUGCACGGGCUACAAGCCAUAUCUGUGCAUGGUAAAACAUUUACAAUGUUUAUGUAUUUAAUACAUGUAAAUGCGCUGUCUAUUUUUUACUGUGUACUGAAUUUUUUAUGAAAACCAAAAUGUGAUAUUACACUGAUGUGUGGAGUCUUCUCACUAUCAGAUUGUAUAUUUUUAUAGCUGGCUUAGAGUAAUCAAAUGAAACUGUGCUUGCUUUAUUUACUUCUUUUCCUUUAUUUCAAUUUUGUAAUAGACACUACUAAAAAUAAUAUUAAACUGAAAUGUUUAGAUCAAAUUUUACAAAAAACAAGCCAUUUAAACUCAAUAUUCAGUCCUUAUUUUUCAGAAACUUAGGACGAAAAUUAACCGUGGUUUGCGAAAGAAAAUUUUCCUCAAGAUAAAUAUUAUAUUAGUACAAUCCAGAGGUUAUUUGAAAAAAAAUCCUUCCUAAGCAAUUAUUGUUUUUUAUGCUUUUAAUUUUGUAGCUCUUAUACUUACUUAUUCAUUAGCCAGCAGGAUAUCACAUACCCGCUAAACUAACUUAAAGUGGCUUUAACAGCUUAAGUAAUGUUUUUUUGUAAUAAAUUCAAUAGUAUGUAUCUUAUGGUGAUUGCAGAAGCAUUCCAAAUGCAAAACUGCUAUCCUUUGCAGAGCUCUGAUUGGCUAAUGCUAUUUUUGAAUUUUUUAUUGACAUUUGAUUGGUUGAAACUGAAAGUGCUAAAGUUUCAAUUGGAUGGCUAUAUACUAUGAGCAUUUGAUGCUCAUAAUGCAUUUUCCUGUUAUAAUCAAUUUGGAAAUGAAAUUUUCAAAAUAUAGCAUUUGUCCGUAACGCUUUCAAUGAUGGUAUUGCGCAUUACUUCUUCAUUAUUCUUGCUAUGACCAGCCCAUAUGUUAUAAGACUUUAUAUGAUAAAGUUUGACAUUGUCAUAUUUUAAAAUGGUCUGAAAGAUUAACAGUUUUUAAAGUUCAAUAUUUGAGCAUUUAAUUUGUUGCCUGUUACUUUGUUGUAUGACUUGUUUUUAUUAAGCUGGUGCAAUGUUUUUUGACGGUGCACAAAAAUAUCUAACAGGUCACCUGUUACUGAGUGAGUAACGACUAACGACUAACAAUAUGUGCCAUAGUCAUAAAGUGUCCCAAAUUUCUUAAUUGGACUGUGCUAUUUUUAGUUUGUUUUUCUCAUCAUUAUGUUGUACAGUAUGUUUUUAGGAAUCUUUGUAGUUGUUGAUGUCAUUAUGUUACACAUAAUGUUAGCAUUUAUCGAUUUUUUUACUGAAAAGUUACAUGCAGAAAAAAAUAAACAGUAGUAAAAGUUAGGUUUCUUUUAAGGUUAAUUACGGUUUUGUGAAAUUAAUUUAAUAUGUUAAAAAUUGGUUUUAAUUAAGAGAGUUGGGUUUUAUAUGUAAACUUCAUUAUAAAAGAUAACAUCACUUGUAUUCAUAUAUUAUGUUGUUUUUUUCCAAUGAAUACAUUGGUUUAGAAAAUGGAAUGGUAUAAUUGCAUUUAUAUUUGUUCCUUAUAAAUCAUUCAUUAUCCAUUGUAUAUUCUUCAGUUAGACGUCAUUAACAUCGGUUUUUUCAACAUUUAAUUUAGAAACUUAAGUGCCAUGUUAACUUUAUAUCUAGGAUACUAUUGUUAAUAAAUUUUAGUGGUUUUAUAUUAUGUACCUUACACUUAUUAAAAACCAUUUUACAUAUUGUAUAUUGAUAUAUACAACUGUUGUUGUUAAAUAUAUUGUUGUUUGAAACCUAAUUUAACCAUUCUCCAUUUCAAGCAAGUAAAGGCAAAGUAUGUUUGGAAAUCAAUUGACAAUACUGAAUCAGACCAAAUGCUACUUGUAAUAUUUCAAAUUCAGGAGUACUUAAAAUGAAUAAUUUAAAAUGGCUAGAGGAAAUGAUUUUUGGUUUAUAUGAACCUAAAAUUUAUGGUGAACCAGUGAUUACAACUUAGUUUUCUUUUACUUGUUUAUGAAAUGGAUUUUAUGAUAACAUAAGUCUCAAUGAUAGUUUUGGUUGAUGCCAGAUAUUGAUUUUGUGAUGAGGACAUGUUUUGUUACAAGUGAUUUCUAUUGGUGCAUGAGAUGAUCACAUGGCUUGAUGAGGCAGCCAAUGAGAAUCUCUGUUACAUUUUUGAAUAUUUAGUAUAUUAGAUGUAUUGAAUUCUUUUGCAAAAUAAUUCCAAGCACAGGAAAGUGUGACAUUUUAUCUAGAAAAAACAUGGGGAUUUGUUUGUUUUGUUUUUUUUAUAAAGAUUUUGAUUUUAUUCUGGUUAAAAAAAAAUUGUAGGAACUUAUAGGAAAAUAUUUUAGCAUAUGAGAUCAAUAUGGAGUUUUUGAAAGGCAACGCCAUGAAGGUUUAUUGGUAUUUGAAUUUAGAGGUUAUAAUCUUGUCCUGUUUGUAUUCAAUUGGCAGAAUAUAUGAAUAGACAAAACAUUGUGAUAUUAUGUACUAUGUGUUCCUGUCAUAUGUUGUUAUUGGUCUUUCCACACACAUGCUUUACUUUUAAAGUCUACAACAUUUUUUUAAAUAAUGGUUUUAACACACAGACAUUAUAAUCUUAAAAGUCAUAUUGUCUUAAGGAUUUCUCCAUGCAUUACAUUUUAUUUUUACAAUUUUUAAGUGGAUUUGAUGUAUAUUGAACCUUAAACCUUUAAUGAUAAUUUUUGAAAUAUUGUACAGAUAAAACAAGAUAUAAUCAAUUAACUAUUAAGAAAGGGACUUUAAUAUUUGGCCUUGAUAAUUUGCCCAACAGCUUAAGGCUAUAUGCUUUGUUGCACAGACUUUGAGGCUUUGAUAUUUUUUCGCUUCUUUGAUUUUAUUCUGCUGAAGAGUCACAUUCCAAUUUUUUCAACUGAAUAAAACAUCUCAUUUCUUUAGAUAAAUUCAUCAUACAUUUAGGAAAGUAUUUGAAAUUGUGUCUUUAUAAUCUGUGUGGUUACUAUGGUAACUUAAAAGUUUGGCUUGUGGAGUCAGGUUCACAAUGUUUUGUGUGGAAACCUGAGCCUUAGGCCCAAAAAAUUCCGGUGAUUUUAUGAUAUUUUGGGUACAUAGGCUAAUGAUGCGGUCUCAUAUUAUUUAAAUUAUUUUAAAGCUAUUUGCUCGGCCGUGCUUUCCUACUAAAUGUUAUAAUAAUUUGAUUGACUUAAUUGAAGGCUUUUAAAAAGGACAAUUUUUUGUGCACAUUUUCUGACAAAAUAAAAUCCAAUUAACAAGAGUGUGUAAUACAUAUUGAUUUAAUCUCUAGAAUAAUUAAACUGAACAUUUUCUAAUUGUGAAUAAAUUGUUUUCAUUGUAAAUUCAAUCAAGAAAAGUACAGAAAAGGAUUGUAAAUUUAGAAUUAUUUUCAAUCUGUGUUCGACUAUGGUUUUGUAUUAGUGUUAUAACAAACUGAAACCAAAAGUGUUGAGUGUAUUAAAUAGCCUGAAAAAAUGUCAUCAAUAGCUUAAAACAAAAGUAUAAAGUGUCAUCAAUAGACUAAAAUAAAACUAUUACUUGCCAUCAAUAGCCUAUGUAAACUAAAUGAAUGUAAGCAUUAUAACUUUGGUUGAUAUACGACUUAAAGCAUGUGUGAAUACUUGUUUACACGUGAUGUUCUACUGUUUUAUUGUCCCUGUGAACUAUUGUAGGUGAUUUUGCUGCUGAUAUCUUUAUGAAAUAGAAACUUGUUAAUGACCAUUUUAUUGGUAGAUAUUUUAGUUGAAUAAUUAUGAUCAUUAAUAACAUUGUUUUAAAAGAAAUGAUGUAAUAAGUAAAUGAUUCAAAAUUUAACAAUAGAACACUUCAAAGGUUUGAACAUUUGUUACAAGAAACUGUACAAAUGUGUUAAAUAGCAGCAAUUUGACCGUUUGAGUUUAAAACAUUGGUUUUUGCAAACAUUGCUCUACGAACUUGGGUUGUUAUGGUGAUAAAAACAAGUUUUAAAAACAAAACUUAUUUACAUAUUGUUUCAAAUUUUGUUUAAAGCAGUUUCAUUUGUCAGAUCAUUUUCAAUAUUUGAUCUACAGAUGUAUACAAAAGCUAUGAAAAUUGAAUCUGUCACUACAGGGUUGUUUCAAACUAUAAAUGAGGACAAUGUUUACAAACACCAGUGAGGUUCAAUGUAAAUAUUCCUUUAUGUUGUUGUUAUCUUCAAUGUUAAACAUAUGAAGAUGACACACAUAUAUUGUAUGUUAGUUGUUAUUUUAGUAAACAAGUAGAUAUAUUAUACUUGACAUGUUGAUAUUUGUCACGUUUUUGGAUGAAUCCUUGACGGAACAUUAAAUGUUCUAAACGCUGCAUGAUUUGUAUAAAAAAUUGUUUUUUCGAGAUAUUUUAUGAUGAUGUAUCUUGUAUAUGGUUAUCUGUUUCUCUUUGAUUUUUGUACCAUAUUAACAGUAGAAAAGUGACUGUUUGUUUUUACCAAAAGUGUAUAUUAAUGCUUCGCUUUAUUUACUGCUUACUGUUCGCAUUCUCCGACUGUAUAACAGUCACUGCUAAUGUGCAGAUUUGAUCUUAUAGAAACCACUGAAUGUGCUAGAAAUGGUUACAUUAAAAUGACGGUAAAUAAUAUAUUAAAUAUAAUACAACAUCAAAUCUGGUUAAAUUUAUAAACAAACAAUACAAAUUUACGAAAAUAUAAUACUGUAAUAUUGGGUUGGAUUGAAAUCAUUGAAUUUGUAGGUUGAUUGUAUUUGUUGUAGUAUCUUAGUGUUAUGUAAACACAUAUAUUUUAUCUUUUUAAAGAUCAUUUUAUCAACCGAUCUUAUGUCAACUAUGCCAUAGCUAUAAAACCCUGAGUUGAUAGUUAUAUGUACGCCAUAUCUUUUUUUAGGAAUGCCACAGUGUAAUGGUAGUUUGCUAAUAAUUCAGCUUCCCGAGAUAAAAUGUGCCAUAUUUGAAAUAAAACACCCCCACAAAACCAAGAAAUGUUAAAAACAAAAAACUGUAUUAUCACCAAUUUUACACAUUGAUUGUUAAUGACCAAUACCUGCAAGUACAAAGAUGGUAUUCGGUACUUCUGUGUAUAAUGUUGACUAUUUCAUUUUGAACUCAUAGUUUGUAUGUAUAUUGUAGCUCCAUUUUAGUUUUUUUCUCCCACCCAUCAUCCGAUAUGUACCCCUGUUAUUUCCGUACACAUUUUUAGAGAGGCCAUAGUUAUCCUAAACACUCGCUGUUCAAAGAAAACAUAACAUGAAUUUGACUUUUACUUUGUUAAGCACUGCCUUUAAAAACUUGAGAUGAAUCAAUUGAUUCUGACCAGCACUCAGCAGCCGAGGGACGCCAGUUAUACAAGGUGACAGUUGCCAGGAAAUUCAAUGUGUCAUGUAGAACAUAAACAAACGCCCUGCAUGUCUUUGACAUGAAAAAAAAAGCUCGUCACCUUAAAUGUGCCAUGUAAACAAACCAGAGGUGCUAUUCAGUUUUUAGGGCUCAAUUUAUCCUUGACUUACAAAGGUUGUAAUUUGAAUAUGUGUUUCCAAGCUGUUUUUUACCAGUGUUAUUUUGUGCCAUAAUCGCAACUUUGACGAAGAGCAGAAGUAUCAAAGCCUUGUAUAGCUGGCAAUCCUAGAGGUGUUAUUUGAUUGGAUAUAAAAGUAAGAAUACACAGAAUAUUUGACAAUGUGUUGCUAUUACCACCAUGCAGCUAAGUUGUGCUAUAUUAAAAUGUGCUACAAGACAUUGUCCACUGUCUGCAUGCUUCGAUUGUGAAUAACGCUUAAUUUUAUCUUUUUGAUACAAUUUUUUUGUAUUUCCAAUUUGUACAAAUUCUAAUGUGUCCUAAAUAUGGUUGUAUACUGUAUACAUUUGUGAACAAUUUUAAUCAUGAUAAAAAAGACAGUGGACAAAUGUGUAUAUUUAGAUGACAGUUGUAUUUUAUGCUUAUUUUUGCUUUUGCUAGAAGGGACAUAACUAUAUAUUUGGGAAUUUCAUUUGCUUAUUGUGUCUGUGUCAAUGGCUUGCUAGAUGUCACUCUUUAAGAGGGCUUAAUAAACGCAGAACUCAUAUAUUCUCUAGUUGAAAAUGUCUGCCCUGCUUCCUCAUUUCUCUGCAUGACCUUUUACCCCAACAUGGCCUGUAUUUGACCUUGACCCAGUGACCUAGUUACACCUGAGUGACCUUCAAUGUCAAGCACAUUGGCCAAGUUCGAUACCCGAGUCAACAUUACAUAACACAGGAAGGGAUUUUCUUUCUUCUUCAAAACUAACUGCUUUAUUUCCUUUCAAUUAAAAAAUUAACACCUUUUCCUCUGGAUAUAGACUUGCACAUCCAUGAAUGCGACAGUUGAGGAGACCUCAGACCUCUAUUGUUUGUGCAAAAGAAUGAUUUAUUGGUGUGCUAAGUAUUGCUUUCUUAGCGUAACAGUAGUUUUAUUUCAUGCUGCUUAAUUGUAUUUUAGGGAUUGCUCUGAAAUCAUAUGUCUUUUAAGUAAAACUUGAAAUCUCAAAUGUAAGGAAGCUCAAGGUAUCUUAAAAUUACUGAAAAACAGAAGUAGUUUAAAUGGCAUUUAGGAGGUGGUUGGUUUUCACGAUAUUCUAAAAUGCACCUAACCAAAAAUGCACAGAUCUAUGUGGACCACAACUUUUUCAAUAUCUUUGCAAUUUUUUUUUGCGAAUACUAAACCCAAAAAGCAAAUGUACCUUUGACAAACCAUGUAGAGAUCCCGUAUGUGUGACAGUACUGUGCAAUUGAACGAGAGGACGUAACCAUGCUUGAAUCUGAUACACAUGCUAAACGCUGCAUUUUGUUUUAUUUGCGUAGCAAUAUCCUUGCACUGAUCCUGUAGCAACACAUUCAAAAUAAGUCGUAUAUAAGAUAUCUCAAGCAGAAAUAUACUUUAUUUUAUUAAUGAACAUUUUUUGAAUCGGACAUAAAUUAUUAUCAGACAUUGUAGGAAAUUCUAGAACUGAAAACCACAGAUGAAAAACAAUAUUGUAGUGCAUAAAAUAUCUUUUUGAGAACUUUAAUGUGUAACAAGUUUUAAUUUCAGUUUGCAGAAAACUACAGAUGGAAUAUGAUAUUUUUUAGCCCAUUAAAUCUUUUUUUUUUAAACUUUAUAUGUGAAACAAGUUUCAUUUAAGUCUGAAGAAAACUACAGAUGAAAUGCAAUAUCAUAGUGCAUAUAAUUUCUCUAGAACUUUGUAUGUGUAACAUCAGUUUUAAUUGAAGUUAAUUUUCCCGUUUUCCUCAUUUAAAUACAAGAUGUGUACCAGAUGCCUUGUAUGUGCUAUAUGCUAUCAUUUAUCUUUCAUGUAUAGGCGCUUACGUUUAUUUUGUCUGAUGUGAGAAUCUACAAAAAUGUCCCUAGCAUAAUUUUGAAGUUGCAUCGCACAAAUAACUUGCUUUAAAAGCAUUUUUCUGUCAGUCCCUUCGGACUAUAAACUACGAGAGCUUUUCUGAACAAUUUCAUGAUAUAAACUUCGAUGUAACAAGAUCUCCGCUUUGUAAAAAUUAUGCAGCUGAUGUACAAUAGUAGGAAGUUGAAGCAGAUGGCAUGUGAUUGAUAUCAAAUUCCAUCCAAAGCUGUAUAAUUUUUAUCUUUUACUAAAAUACAUUUGCAGGAAAAAUUACCAAUAUGCUCUGCUUCAAGUUCAAUAUUUGCCUUGCAAUUUUUUCUGCAAAUAUAUUUGUGUGAACCAGCAUAGUGAAAUUAUGAUUCUGAGGUUUUACGGUUUCCAUAGAAACGGUGGCUUCAAGGUCAUAGUUUAUUUACUUCUGUAAGGUCUUUCGAUUAUUUUUUUGUUUAAUUGUCACUAAGAUGGUGCUAAGUCUUAAAAUGAUGGUGAAGAAAAUUUGCAGAGACGUAUAAAACAUUUGAUGUUUUCAAUAUAUUGUAUGUGUGUUAGUUAAAAAAUUAAACUUUUGUUCUCCA